GAGUUCGUAAGUCAGUCGGCAAAAUAAAUGUGUCAAUUUCAUUGUAAAAAACAUUGGAUUUGUGACUGUCAAAUAAAAUGUCGAUUUUACAAAAUUGCGGAAUGAACACUGUUUAAAUCUAGUUAUAACUUCGUGUUCUCGUAAUUGCAGCUGAGAAGCUGUAGGGAAGUCAAAUAAAGUACUAAUCACACAAGAUGGAUGUGGACACGGAUGGUCGAAAAUCUCGCUCAAGGAGCAAAUCUGCGGAAUCCACUUCAAAAAUGUCUCACGACGGGUCCCCACAGUCGAGGCGGUCUUCCAAGUCCAAGUCCCGCUCUCGCUCGCGCAGCGGCUCGCGCUCGCGCUCCGCCUCCCCGCGCUCCCCGCAGUCCCCGCGCUCGCCGCGCUCGGCCCGCUCCCGCAGCGGCUCGCGCUCCCGCAGCGGCUCGCCCGCGCGCUCCCGCUCCCGCAGCAGAUCAGGGAGCGCAUCUCCGAGGAAAUCCAGAUCACGAAGCGGGUCGCCGGCCAAAUCUCGCUCCCGAAGCGGAUCUCCCAAAAGAUCUCGCUCCCGCAGCGGAUCACCGAGGAAAUCCCGCUCUCGCAGCGGUUCACGAGCGAAAUCCCGCUCUCGCAGCGGUUCACGAGCGAAAUCCCGGUCUCGCAGCGGUUCACGAGCGAAAUCCCGCUCUCGCAGCGGUUCACGAGCGAAAUCCCGGUCUCGCAGCGGAUCUCCGAGGAAAUCUCGCUCCCGCAGUGGAUCCCCGAGAAAAUCUCGAUCGGGGAGCCCCUCGCCGACGCGAUCGCGGUCCGGCAGCGCCUCGCCGGCUAAGUCUAAGUCUCGAUCGGGCAGCGGCUCUCCCAAGAAGUCUCGAUCUAGAAGCAAAUCGCCGGCCAAAUCGAGAAGCAGAUCUCGCAGCAAGUCCAAGUCCAGAAGCAAAUCGCCCGGCGCCAAGCGCUCCAAGAGCCGCUCGAGAUCCCGCUCGCCGGAGCGCAUGGAAGUAGACGGCGACGGCGAAGCCAAACGCGGCCGCUCCCGAAGCGCUUCGCGAGAAAGGAGUCGGUCACGGUCCAAGUCGCCGGCGGGUUCUCGCGCCAGUCGUUCACGUUCGCGAUCGGGAUCGCGAAAAUCUCGUUCGCGCUCCCGAUCGAAGAGCGCCGGACGCGACAGCGCUAAGAGACGCUCAAGAUCGGGGUCACGCAAGUCACGAUCGCGAUCCCGCUCCCGUUCUAAGUCCAAGUCAAGAUCUCGGUCUCGUUCCCGCUCCAAGUCCCGGUCUCGAUCUCGCUCAAAGUCCCGAUCUCGAUCGCGCUCCAAGUCACGCUCGCGCUCCCGCUCACGUUCCAAGUCACGCUCGCGCUCCCGCUCACGUUCCAAGUCGGGCUCCCGCUCGCGGUCCGGAUCCCGGUCCAGGUCCCGCUCGAGAUCCAAGUCCCGCUCCAGGUCUCGUUCGAGAUCUAAAUCCCGAUCCCGCUCGAGAUCCCGUUCCGGGUCUGCCAAAUCUAGGUCAAGGUCUCGUUCGCGGUCUCGCUCACGGUCGCGCUCGAGCUCGCGCUCCGGCUCCGGCUCGCCGUCCCGUCGAGGCAAGAAGCGGCGCGCGGUGCGCCUGGAGUCAGACGACGAGGGCGGGGAGCGCGCGGGCGGCGAGGGGGAGGGCGCGCCCGCGGGCGAGCCCGGGGCCGCCGCGCCUGCGACCGCCGCAGACGACUCCUCCGACGACGAGGGCCCAGUCGGGGGAACGAGCGCGGAGAUGCAGGGCGGCAUGACGGACUUCGAGAUCAUGAUGGCGCGCAAGAAGGAGGAGCGGCGCGGGCGGCGGCGGCGGCGCGACAUCGACAUCAUCAACGACAACGACGACCUCAUCGCGCACCUGCUGCAGCAGAUGCGCGCCGCCGCCGACGACGACCGCGACCUCAACAAGCGCAACCAGCCCGCCGUGCGCAAGGUGUCGAUGCUGAAGUCGGCCAUGUCGCAGCUGAUCAAGAAGGACCUGCAGCUGGCGUUCCUGGAGCACAAUGUGCUGAACGUGCUGUGCGACUGGCUGGCGCCCAUGCCCAACCGCGCGCUGCCCUGCCUGCUCAUCCGCGAGUCCGUGCUCAAGCUGCUCAUGGACUUCCCCGCCAUCGACAAGUCGCUGCUGAAGCAGUCGGGCAUCGGCAAGGCGGUGAUGUACCUGUACAAGCACCCCAAGGAGACCAAGGCCAACCGCGAGCGCGCCGGCCGCCUCAUCUCCGAGUGGGCGCGGCCCAUCUUCAACCUCUCCACGGACUUCAAAGCGAUGACGCGCGAGGAGCGUCAGGCGCGCGACCAGGCCAUGGCGGGCGAGCGGCGCCGCUCCGACCCGCCGCCGUCUAAGCGAGCGCGGACCAUGGAUCCCGACUCCGACCGUGUCUCCGUCAGGUCGGUGCGUCCGGGCGAGCCGGGCUGGGUGGCGCGCGCGCGCGUGCCGCUGCCGUCCAACAAGGACUACGUCGUGCGCCCCAAGUCCACCAGCGAGGUCGACAUGUCGCGGACAAGCAAGAAGAAGAUGACGCGGUACGAGAAGCAGAUGAAGAAGUUCAUCGACCAGAAGCGCAUGAAGAGCGGCUCGCGCCGCGCCGUCGAGAUUUCCAUCGAGGGCCGCAAGAUGGCGCUGUAGGCUUCUACGAUUCACGGCCUCAUACGAGUAGAUAGGGAUUUGACUGAAAACUUUCAUGAUUGUCGUUGGCUGAUUACGGUUUUGUAACGUGACGGUUUAACCGAUCGCUUCGCGUGAUCCUUUAUUUGCAUUCUAUAAUAUAAAUAGGACCGUUGACGCUGACAAUGAUUCGUUGAUUACUUCCUUCCUCUCCGACGUAUGGUAAUUAACGCUGAAAGGAGACUAUUUUUUCUAUUUCCUUAAUUCCAUGCAACUUAGUUACGUCGCGUCCACCUUAAAACGCAAUGUAUCCAAACUGGAUAAGUUGUAUGACAUUGUAAGCUCAAAAAUAAACGUAUCAGUAAAGUAGCGAAUCAUCGGAUUUGGCAAUAAUAUUUGCGUGUAUGUAUGUGAGUCAAUGUAAACGAUAUCCCGGCUUUGUUUUCGUCUCUUCGAGAUUCUUCCGAUAAGUAUAAUGGCGGUUGAAGUAGACAUACGAUUGUCGAUUGUUCAUUUUUCAUUCACCAUAAUGAUACUUGUUAGCGACUUGUACAUAUUUGUCGUGUCGCAUGUCGAAGUGUUUACUCCUAUUGUGCAAUGAGUCUCGCGAGUCAUGGAUAUUACCUUCUAAAGAGAUUACGUGUAAAAAGUUUCUUUACUCAUAUUUAAAACUUUGUAUUCUGUUAAUUGAUUUCAUACCAAGUAGUCAUUACUGUUUUAAUGCGUCUACGUCUACAAAGAUAAUACGUAGUAGUUGACCAUAACACAAAUACUGAUUAUUAUUAAACAUUACAUGGUCAAUUUAGGAUAUUCGAAUACGAAAUUGAUGUGGAGGGCGUUUUAUAUUAUGAACUAAAUUGGGGAUUUUAAGGCGAAGUAGUUAAAUGAAUAUGAAUGUACCGCACAAAGAACCUCGCAGUUCUGUGCAACGUUCGCCCGACUUGUGAUGUUGUGUAAAGUAAGAUAAUGACUAAAAUAAACAUUAUUAUUAAGUAA